AUGUAUCACUUGCUCCGUGUCCUUCCAAUAUGUCAUUUACUGCCAACCAAUAACAUUCUUUUAUUUUCUUCAUACCUAAGUAGUGCAAUUUCUUCCCCUUCAAUCCGUCCCGUCGGAAAAUCUUCACCGGAGAGAAUUUCCGCCGCUGCUUCUUCCCUCCAGCCUCCGGCUGAACUACCGACGUCGAGAUGGUUCUGGCCGUUGAAGAAUCCAAACUCGGCAGCAACUCCAUCAGCAUCCGCCUCUUGUUCAACCAAAAAACCAAAGCGUUUUGAGAUCAAAAAGUGGAACGCUGUCGCUCUUUGGACUUGGGACAAGUGUGCUAUUUGCAGAAAUCAUAUUAUGGAUCUCUGCAUCGAGUGCCAAGCUAAUCAAGCUAGUGCUACGAGCCAGGAGUGCAUUGUUGCUUGGGGUGUAUGUAACCAUGCCUUCCACUUCCACUGCAUCAGUCGCUGGCUCAAAACACGUCAAGUGUGUCCAUUAGAUAAUAGUGAGUGGGAAUUUCAGAAGUAUGGUCAUUAGAGGAUUCAACAAUUGGCAGGAGAGGCAAUUAUGCUGUUGCAUUGUCAUGUCUUUGAAUGUUAGUUUGUUCUAGUAAUACUUAUUUACAGUGCCUUUUGUUCUCUGUUUCUUUAUGUAUCUGAUUCUGCUUCGACUAUCUGAUAGGAUUUAUUAGAGAGCUGGUACCUAUGUUGAUUAUAUUGUUUGGAUAAUACCAUCAAUCAGAACCACUAGCAUUCUGGCAGCCAAUGUUAUUUUACUUUUAAUUAGAUGCUAAUUAUUGUA